UCAGUUGCAUAUAAUUCAAAAUUUAAAAUAUAUCUUACUAAAAUGAGUGAUGCGGCCUUACUAAGCAAAUUUACAAAGCUCUCAAUUGGUGGAAUGGUUCCAAUUGAACGGAGUGGACAGCGAAUUUAUUCAGAUCAUGAUUUUAUUUAUCUUAUUGGGGGAUAUAAUCCCAAUCCACCACGCACUCUUUCUGAUGCAUGGCGAUUUAAUCGACUUACUCACAAAUGGCAAAAAUGUGAAUUAGCUGAUCCUGCUAAUCCGUUGCCUGAUACUUUAGCUUCUUUUUCAUUAGUAUCACGCGGCCAGUCUUCAAAUUUUGGUUGUUCUUCUAAUGAGGCAUACAUUUUUGGUGGUACAAAAGUGCCCUUCGGUGGAAAUUCAAACACCAAUCGACUUUAUUGGAUUAAAAUUGACCGCGAUGGUAAAAUCCAUUUAAAGCUUCAAUCUGUUAGUGGGCUGUUGUCACUCCCAAAGAUUUAUGGACAAGGAAUGUGUCGGUGCAUUGAAAAACGUGCGAAAGGGCAAACUUUUGAAGUACUUUAUAUUAUUGGUGGAACUGAUGGACACGAAUACACAAUGGAUGUUUAUCGCCUUCAACGUGAUAUUUCUGCAUCCAAUGAUGAAAGCUGGGAAUUAGCGAUACUUAAUGAGCGAAAUAUUGAUGAAGAUGGUCGUUACCGAUUAGAAGUUGUUCCCUUUCAAAAUUUUUUGGUAACUUUUGGUGGUUCAAUUUCAAAUCAAUUUAUUUUCAAACUUGAUGUUCUUACUGUUUUUGAUCUUGAAAUGAGACGAUUUGAGAAAAUCCAAACAAAACCUGACCCUGUUUAUGGAUUUCCUGAAGAAAGAAGUUGUCAUUCUAUUGUACACCGAGAAGAUUUUGUUUAUUUAAUUGGAGGAUAUGGAACAGAAAUGAAUGCUUUCUCUGCGGUUUGGCGUUUUAAUCUUCAAAAUUUUGAAUGGAGAAAAAUCGAAGAACAUAACCGGUUGCCUGUGCCAGUUUAUUUUCACGCUUCAACGCUAACACCGGAUGGGUGUAUUUUUGUAUUUGGUGGCGUUGAAAGGCAAAAUACACAAGAACGUCGCGAAAGAAGAGUAAAUGAUUUACAAAGAAUGUGGCUUCAACCACCUUCUCUUAGUUAUUUCGCAUCAAUAAGUCUUUUACGUGAUGUGCCAGAUCGUCAACUUUUACGUUUAACAAAUGAAUGUGUUAGAUGUAGUGACAUGUCAAUCCCCGUUAUUGGGCGUCAUUGGCGCGAUGGUUUAACAGAAGGAUUAAUUGGUGAUGAUUUUCCAAUACAACCACCUGAAUGUAUUUUGUUAUAG